GAACCGUUUGCAGCUUAUUUACUGUACAAGUAAAAACCAAAUCCCACCCGUAAUUCUACUGAACCGGGAGCCUAGCCGCUGCCCUCUAUGUCGCAGUACACUGAAAAAGAGCCCUCAGUAAUGGAUCAAGAAUCCAACAAAGCUGCUUGGCCUAAACCAGCAGGAGGAUAUCAGACUAUUACAGGCAGGAGAUACGGAAGAAGACAUGCUUAUGUCAGUUUUAAGCCAUGUAUGACCAGGCAUGAAAGAAGCUUAGGUCGGGCUGGUGAUGACUAUGAAGUAUUGGAACUAGAUGAUGUUCCAAAGGAAAAUUCCUCAGGUUCCAAUUCACUGGAUCAAGUCCAUCCUUCUUUACUCAAUGAACCUACAUUUGAAAAAAGUGAAACAGAAAUUUCCACUUGUGGUCCAGCACUGAAUCAAACCACUGAGAGCAGUCCAUCCAUUGCCACAGUAUGUCCUAGUGAGGAAGUCAGGGAGACUUUAGAAAGCAAUGCGGAUCAUCAUAAUCACACUGAGGCAGAGUAUUAUUCUCCAUCAGUCUGUAAGGUCUCAAGUGUCCAGAAUGGAAUUGUGUUGGUUCCUACUGACUUGAAUAAUCCAGACAGCAAACAUGAUGAGAAGAAUGACUCUCUUCAACUCUCUGCAGAAGCUGUGGAAGGUGGUAGAUGUCAGGAAGUAUUAGGCAGUACAGUGUUUGAGCUGGGAAAUGGAGAAGCAGAGGUGUACGCUGAUCUUUCAUCAUCAGUUCCCUCUCUCAACUGUGAAAUAAGUGAUGAGUUUGAAGAGCUAGAUCCAGCACCUUUAGAGAACAGUUCUACUGGUGAUGCUGAGCUUCUCCAUCAGAAUGGGCAGGAAUUUCAGAGGUCUUCUGAAGAUGGCAUUGUUAGAAAGAGGCAACAAGGUAAUGCUGAUGAGGGAAGACAGACAGAAAAUUCAACUGAAGACGUAGACUGUGUCCCAGGACAUAUUUGUAGUGAACAGAAUACUAGUGGUAGAGCCAACCACCAUGCAAGUUCUCCUGAGCAGGUAGUAAGGCCCAAAGUUAGAAAAGUGAUAAGUUCAAGCCAGGUGGACCAAGAAAUUGGUUUUAAUAGGCAUGAGGCUAAACAAAGAAGUGUUCAGAGAUGGAGAGAGGCUUUAGAAGUUGAGGAAUGUAGUGCAGAUGACCCUAUAAUGAAGUAUGACGACCCUGAUGUAGAACAAGAUUGUAUGUUCUUGACUCCACCUUAUUCAAGAGCUGCACGAAGGGAAGCAGAACAUAAUCGUGCAACAUCAGAAAAUGGAGCCACAGCUUCAGGAAGGCCAGAAGCUCGGGAUAAUUCCUUCUGGAAUGGCUGUGGAGAUUAUUACCAACUCUAUGACAAAGAUGAAGAUAGUUCAGAGUGCAGUGAUGGGGAAUGGUCUGCUUCUCUGCCUCACCGAUUUUCUGGCACAGAAAAAGACCAGUCCUCAAGUGACGAGAGCUGGGAGACUCUGCCAGGAAAAGAUGAGAAUGAACCUGAGCUACAGAGUGAUAGUAGUGGCCCUGAAGAGGAGAACCAAGAACUGUCUCUUCAGGAGGGGGAGCAGACAUCCUUGGAAGAGGGAGAGAUUCCCUGGUUACAGUACAACGAAGUCAAUGAGAGCAGCAGUGAUGAAGGAAACGAGCCUGCCAAUGAGUUUGCCCAGCCAGAGGCCUUCAUGCUGGACGGUAACAACAACCUUGAGGAUGACUCCAGCGUGAGCGAGGACUUGGAUGUGGACUGGAGGUACGUGGCCUCGUUACUACAUGCUCCGGUACUCCUGAGCGGAAUUACAGUGGGAACUGCGUCUGACAGCCUAUUUGAUGGUUUUGCGGAUGGACUAGGAGUUGCUGAAGCCAUUUCUUAUGUGGAUCCUCAGUUCCUCACUUACAUGGCUCUAGAAGAACGCUUAGCCCAGGCUAUGGAGACUGCGCUGGCACAUUUAGAGUCUCUCGCAGUAGAUGUUGAGGUGGCUAAUCCACCAGCUAGUAAAGAAAGCAUUGAUGGGCUUCCAGAAACUCUUGUUCUAGAAGAUCAUACUGCUAUUGGUCAGGAGCAGUGCUGUCCCAUCUGCUGCAGCGAGUACAUCAAGGACGACAUAGCCACAGAGCUGCCGUGCCACCACUUCUUCCACAAGCCCUGCGUCUCCAUUUGGCUCCAGAAGUCGGGAACAUGCCCGGUGUGCCGCCGUCAUUUCCCACCUGCAGUUAUUGAAGCGUCGGCAGCUGCUUCCUCUGACCCUGACGCCCCCCCUGCCAAUGACAAUGCUGCGGAAGCCCCAUAAAGCGUAACAUUGAAAUGCGAUCUGAAUUCUAUCACAGUAAUCUGCAAAUUUCUUCUAAAUCUGAUGUGCAAAUAAUUAUAUAUAAAUAUAUUUAAAAUGCUAUAUAUAGUAUAUGCCAUAGUUUAGAAAGAGAAUAUUAACCUUUCUAAACUGAAUUUAGGUUUGCAGAACAUACUAAACAUUUUCAAGCUGAAUGUUCAAGCAGUGCAUCCAUUUUCUUUAGUUGAAUAUGUUGGUGUUCAUUGUAAAGUCUGUAGUCAUCUCUGUGGCAUAUGUUACUAGUUCUGUCUGAAGUGCUGCCACUAAGAGAUCAUAAUUAAGCUCUCCUAUCCACAUCAGAUGUGAAGACUGUGAUCACAACAGUAGUAAAAUUUGGUUUCGUUGAAAAUAAAUUGAAUUCUAAAGCAUGCUUUUUCACUGGUCCCUUUGCUUUUGCUACAUCGAAACCUCUUGGUUUAUAAUAAUACUGAGAAGGUUAAGAUUAAAGCUUUUCAGAAUGCCAAACAAAGACUACAGCUUUGACCAGAACACCGGAAGAACUUUACAUCUUAGAUGUAAACCUCCUGAGUUGGUUAGGUAAUAAAAUAUUCAAUGAACGUUGGAUGUGUUUAAAGAAAGGUUAGUGAGGUAUGUGAAUAAUCUGAUGUGCUCAGUUCUUGGCACAGUUACAUGUGUUUGGCCUUAUGAAACACUAUCUAAGCCCUUACCCAAUCCGCUUCUACUUGUUAAAUACUUGAAGGUCCAGAACACUCUUGACAUACUUGUUGAAGAAGUUAGAUGUAGUUAGUUUAAGGUAGUUUGGUUUCUGAAAUAUUUUAGAAGGUCUGAAGAUUUGCACAUGGUCAUGUUUGUAACUAUAUCACCCCGAAUAAAAAUUACACAGCUUUUAGGUGACCACAUGGAGUAGGCAAGUCUAUACAGACACGGUGUAAUAGGUAGCUUACAGAUGAGGCCUGAUAUCCACACUAGAGAACAAUGGCUUAGAAGGUACAAUACCAGAGCACAUAGUGAGUGCACAUCUACCUGGUCCACUGCUCAUCUAGUUUCGGGAGUGUUUGAAUAGCUUCCGAAGUGCACAGUUUCAUUUCAUUUGUGUAAUAUCUCUGAGUAUUUAUAUUCGUUCUUUUUUUUCUCCAUUCUUAAAAAUAAAUGAAGUUUCACUGUUGGCACAUUUGAGGCUUAAAUAUAAAAAACAUAACACUUGCAUUCUGAUUUUUGCAUAUAUUGUAAAUGUGGCUGGUAUUUACAGCAAAAUACUGUGUAUCCUUUUAUGGGUAAAACAAAAGUGAACAUUGCAUGCAAGUACUGUGGUGACUUUGUAAUUUCGGGGUUCUCUGGGGCUUCUGUGACUUUGGAUGCUUACAUUCAGGCCUUAAUGUUGCUCUAGCUAGCAUGCUUCCUUCCGAUGUAUAUAGACAACGUUGUAUAAACUAAUCUGCUUGUUUUCUAUUCUGUGAUCUUUCCAUGCCAUAUUUCACUGAUGAUCAGUUAGUGUCAAGAAGUCGUACCAGAUUAACAUUAGUUCUCCUGUGUGUACUGUGGAAAUUUGUGGAUUGUGUGGUUUAUUUGUUUGUUUUCUUUUAUGUACUGUUGAUGAGUUGUGGCACUUACUGAUUAAACUUACAUUGCUGCAGAUUGCUUUGUAACAAGCCACAUGUUAGGUUUAGUCAGUAUUAAGGGACCUUGGUUUUAUUCUCCUAGAUAGCAGCUGUCCCAAAGAAAAUAUUUCUUCUUUGCCUAUUAAGAUUUAGCUAUUCUCUGCCAGUUGUUACGAGGUUUGGUUCCAAACUCAACCAGAGAGUUGAACGUAAGAUAGCUGUUGUACUUUUUGCUUCCCAUCUGUUAGCGUCCUUCAUUGUUGGCUCCCGACUGUGUCUACACAGCUGCUGUGAAGGAGAAUGCUGAAUGAGACUUGCUUUAAAUUUUUUAAAAAGAAAAAUGAAGUUUUAGAACUUUCAUGGUAAGAAGCCAGUAUAAGCUGAGGCUGACAAGUUCAGACCCCAAUGUAUUAUUUGAUCUUAUCUUGGAUCCUUUUGAAAAGUUAAGAAUAUAUGAAGGUAAAUUAGAAAUAGUAAAAAUAUUGAUAAAAUGCCAUUUAUCUUAUUUCUAUUUUUUUUGUUGUGACUUGGCCUAAUAAUUUUAAUUUUUUGAACAUUUUCUCAUUUCUUGUAAGAUGAAUGCUGAUAUUUAAAGUUAGACUCAUGUGGAUUUCUUUUGUGUUUCUUAGUUUAUCUCUAAGCUAACUAACUUUUAAGAUUAUUUGUGAUAUGGAUUUAUAUAUAAGCUGUUAAAUAUAUAUGAGCUGUUAAAAUGGAAUGCAAGGUUUUCAAAAGCCCAGGUCUAACUGUAAUGAUUGGUUUAUUGUUCUACAAUCCCAGCCCACCAUUUUCCGUGUAAAUCAUAAACAAUAAACAGGAUAUACCCGGUGGUCAUUUCUAAUA